AUGACCAUCGACACUGCCAUCCCUCCCGCGACAGCCACGGUGCUCAUUAUCGGCGCCGGUCCCGUCGGCCUAUCGCUUGCAGUUCAGCUUCGCCUCCUCGAUGUCGACACUGUGGUGAUUGAGAAGGACCUUGAGGUUCGCGAUGGCCAUCCAAAGGGCCGCUCGACAGACCUGAGAACUGUAGAGCACUAUCGCCAGUGGGGUGUCAUCGAAUCUGUUCGUCAGCAGGCAUGGACGACAGCCGACCCCAAGCACCAAGUCGUCAUCACCGAGUCACUCCUCACGCCUCCAAUCGGAUCGUUCACCAUGCGCGUAGGCCGCGACGAGGCCGAAGUUGUGGAACUCGCUGCAGAGACAAGUCUGUCGAUUCCACAGCCCCGCCUUCAGAGGAUCCUUGAGGCACGUGCACUCGAGCUCGGCGCCAAGGUGUAUCGGGGAUGGCGAGCAGGCAACUUUGUGCAGGACGAUUCAGUUGCUACCGCCGUUGUCGUACGCGACGCGGAUGGAGCGUUCCAAUCUAUCUCGGCCCAGUACAUCGUUGGAGCGGAUGGCCCGGGAAGUCGGGUGCGCAAGGCUGUCGGCAUCGCGGUCAACGGCGAGGGCCCGCUCGGCCGAACCUUCAGCUACGUCGUCAAGUCGGAUGGACACCGCAUCCGGGACAUUCUCAACAGCUCCCCCGUGUACGAUGCUCUAGGAAUGCUGGUCGUUAUCAACCAGGAGGCAAGCGGGAUUGUGUCCACCCCCAAUGACGACGACUGGGGAUACGGUGUGUUCAUUCCCGGCGCCGAUGCGCCUGCACUUUCGGACGAUGUCGCCAAGCUCAAGGCACAGGCCCUCCUUGGUGGGCCGGGCGCUGUUGACUUUGACAUUGUCUCUCGUGCCGACUACCGGCUCAUCACUCGCAUCGCCGAUGCCUAUCGCAACGGUCGGUUCUUCGUCGCAGGUGACGCAGCACACAUUUGCCCCCCGACGGGCGGUCACAACAUGAACGUCGGCAUCGACGAUGCGGUCAACCUGGCGUGGAAGCUUGCGGCCGUCGUGCAAGGCUGGGGCUCUGAUGCGCUGCUGGACACAUACGAGGCUGAGCGUCGACCAGUGGGUCUCAGUGUUUCCGCAGAGUCGCUCGACAACUCACUGUCCAUGCGGCGUGCCCUGGAGCGAAUCAAGGACACGUACGCCGACCUCUCGGCAAGCGAACGAGCCGACAUUGCCUGGCAGGCGACGUUCAAGCAGUGGAACACAAAAGGCAUCACUCUGGAUAUCCGGUAUGACUCGACGGCGAUUGGGAGCAGGGAUGGGCUGCCGACACCACCUGUCUGGCACCCCUCGCAGUACUGGAACGUGGCCUAUCCUGGCCACCGUGCACCUCACUUAGUCCUUACCGACGGCCAGCCGCUCAUCGACCACCUUGGCAAGCACUUCACCGUGAUCCAAGUCUCUUCAGAGGCCCAGGCUGGUGACCAAGCUUCCAAGCUCGUUGCCGCUGGCGAGGCUGCCGGUAUCGACGUCAAGGUUGUCACCAUUGACUCGGCUUUGGCUGGGAGUAAGUUUCCCCAGAGCUUGACCCUCGUUCGACCCGACCGCUUCGUGUCUUGGGUUGGUGAGGAGGUGGACGAUGCUGAAGCCGUUCUGGCUAGGUCGACGGGUAGGUAG